AUGGGCUGCUUCAACAAAAGCAAUACCGAUGAAGUGCAAUCGGAUGCUGCUGUCCAAGUGGAACCACAAGGUUCCUCUGAGAACGAAACUUGUGAGAAGGUCGUGACAGAAAACAAGAAGAAAAGCACGAGAAUUCAAAUGCUUCCUUCCAUCAAGGACACCUUUUCUAUGCUGUUAUUAAUUGCAUCCGUUGUCAUUGCCAUGGCCUUGAUGGGGACGAGACAAACGCAAGUUUCUCAGUCUCUUCAUCCCGGUGUUACCAUCUUUUUAUUUUGGUUAGUCUUGAUUUGGAUGGCUGCCAUGGAGGGAUCCCAAACCUCGUUAGUUGGACUUGUUCCAGUGGAUAAGGCAAGAUAUGGAGACAGCCAUCCAUUUGCGUUCGUUUCUACGAACUACAUUCACAAGGAUGGAAAUUUGGAACGAUUUAUUGUUGGAAGACAAUUUCUUGUGGUUCUGGCAGUCUUUGUCACCAACUUGUUGGCUGGAUCUAUCGUUGGCGCAAAAGUUCUGGACAUGCCAGAGUUUCUGAAUGCGAUUUUUGUGAAAUCUGGAAUCGCUGUGAUGCUCAUUACAGUCAUGUUUGGCCAACUUAUGGCUCAAGUGAAUGCUUCGAAAAGCAUGCUGGAUACCAUCAACAAUCUCUUUGCUCUAUACUUUGUAACCUAUGCUUCCAUGGUCAUCGAAGCAUCCGGGCUACUGCAUGCAACGUACUUGGUGCAAAUCAUAUUUGGAAAGCUCAGUGGCAAGAAGCCACCAACGGAAGAACCAAAAAAGAGAACGCUGAUGCAAGGGGUUUUCUUUUGGUUGCGUGUUGCAUUUUCCUGUGCUCUUCUUGGCUUUGCGUUUGCUUACAUCCUAACGGCACUAGUCGAGGGCAAGACUACCAUGUGGAAGGGAACUCCUCCCUACCUUUCGGUUAUUCUAUUCUUCCUCCUGAUGAUUUUUGCCGGCAUGCUCGAAGGAAUGCAAAUUGCCAUUUUGGCAGUGUCCAAGCUACCAGACGAGGCCUUUUCGGAACAUGUCGUUGCCAAGACGAAUCGCGAUAUGGUGUUGCACGGAGAAAACCUGCAAGCCUUUUUCAUUGGACGGCAAAUGCUCGUGACUGCUACUAUGUUUGUUGUCGCAAGAAUCACUGGAAUGGCUGUUGUGAUUGGACAAGGCCAAAACAUUUUUGACGUUUCGGAUGGAGUCCAAGAGACAAUUUUCAAUUCCAACAUUCUCGCGGCUAUCUUGACAACCAUUGCAGCAUCCCUUGUCUGGCGUGUCAUUGCAUCUUCUUCACCGAUUCCUUUUCUUUCCAGCCGAGCAAUCUAUUACAUUAUUCGAUUGUGUCUCAUUGUUGAGGCGUCUGGUCUCUGCUCAGCAGCCGCACUACUGUCAAGGCUUCAAUCUGGAAUUUGUAGAUUCAAAUCCGAUGAGGAAUACAUUGGAGAUGAAGUGGUUGCGCGAGACUUGGAACACCAAGAAACUGGCGCCUCCAAAGACUCGUCUGACACGGAACGAACUCCCAAUACCAACACACCAACAAUGAAGGACCCCGACGAGGAUGACGAAUUCUCGGUCGUCUCUGUUUGA